AUGAUCCUUCGAUUUUGGCCCUCUGAUGCCCACUGCUUGGGCAGUCCUGGCUCCGCACUGGCCCUGAGCCCCUUCACUUACCUCUCUCUCCACAAGUACAGCCAGAGGCAAUGGGAAGCUGGUGUUGCUUGUGCCAUAGGACAGCUGAUUGCCAAGUUAAUGAGCAUCUUCGGAAACCAGGAGCAGAAGGUUAUCAUCAUGGGACUGGACAAUGCGGGAGAGCACCAUUCUCUACCAGUUGUAAGUGACUUUCGGGCGGUGAGGGUAGAGGGCUGGGCCUCCCACCAGACUGACAGGCAUGGGGACCAAUCACUAGAGCUCUUCCCUGGGUUACAGGGCUCCUCUGUACCCGGAGGAGUGAUUGAGAACGCUGCUUGGACCUUCCUAGUACUGCGGCUCCUCGGUCUGGCAUUCAAAUCCUGCACCGUACGGGCAACCCUAGCUCCCACUGCUUUCCUCCAUCUUCCUGGGGCCCCUGCCAAACCCAGCUCCAGGCCUGCCAAGUGUCCCAACCUGCCUUCCUGGUCCUCGCUCCCUCUAGCGGCAGGUCGCCCCUUUCUCACCCCUGUCCCCUCUGUCAGUUAACUUUCUUUCCCUUCUUCAAACCCAAAGGCUCACUGAGUCUCUGUAGCUCCUGGUCUAGAAGCCUGGCACGUAUGGGUGGGGCUGAGUAAAUACAGAUCGCAGCUUUCCCCGAUAUUCGCUCUCUGGAUGGCACCUCUCCCAUUUUAAGCCUCCAAAGUACUUUACCUAGGAUAAGCUUUUCCAUGAAAAAGUAAUACAUGUAAAUGAUUUUUAAAAAGCAUGAAGGAAAAUUUCAAACAAUGGAGGAAUACACAGUGAAAAGUAAGUUUCCUUCUCGCCUCUAGCUCCUAGUUUUCCUCCUAUUGUAACUUUGCGGUAACUUUUCAGAAACAUUAUUUACAUAUAAAAGCAUGUGUAUGUUUUCUGUGUCACUUUAAACAAAGCACCUCUCUGAUGUC